AUGCCGUCUACCGCGGGGACCGUGGAGGUGAAGCCCAUGGACUUCGAGGUAACCUGGCUUCUCCAUCAAGCUCCCGAGGAAGGGCAAAAUGUGCGCGAGUCAGCGACACUGUGGGGAUACAAGAUUGACCUGUUCUUUGAGAUUGAGGAUGGACUCUGGACUUUCGAGGUCUUUGCACCGGCACCAGCUGUCGGGCUGCUUUGGGUUGGUGAGAAGCGCAAGUCAGACAGCUCACAUCCCGACUGCAAAGUCUUGUGGAUUCGCAAGGGCGGUGCCAAAGCAGACCUCCGCUUCCCUCUGCAGCUUGGCAUCCGCUUCUCCGAGCUUGAUGGCCAUCCUUGCCGUCCUUGCCCAUGGCUCGAGAGGAUCCGAGACUUCUGGGCCCUGGUAGCAGCCAGCAACCAUGCGGCCGACUCGCGCGCCGAAGCGAGCCUCGCUGCUGUGGGACGUGUCCAGGCUGCCUGGCGAGCGUUUGCUUGCCGACGGCACCGGCGCCGAGAAGCGGCCGAGAGGAAGCUGCGGUUGGGCAUCGUGAAGGCGGCAACCACGAUCCAGUCGUGGUGGCGCGGCGCUGCUUGCCGCAGGCACCUGAAGCUGGAGCUCGCAGAAGAGGCGCGUCUGCAAGGCCUCCGCCGCCUGCAAGCAGCCGUCCUUCGCCUGCAGCUGGCCUUUCGCUUGCGCCGGCCGCGCCGCGAGCGCCGCUGGCGGGCCAGCAGGAAUCGUGAUGGCUCCCAGCUCUCCAUGCCCUACGACGCGAUCUUGGCCUUCGAGUCCUUAGCCGAGUUCCUGUCCACGGGUAGAAUGGACAUCCUUCAAAAGGCGGAGUCCAAGCUGCAGGUUACCACGGAAGCCAGGUAUCGUGUCGUCGCGGUGGUCGGCCUCUUCGACAAGGGCAAGACCUUCCUUAUCAACAAACUCUUUGGGGUGACCUUGCCCUCUGGAAAGCUUCACACCACCAAGGGCUUGAGCUUCCUGUGGAUCGAGGAGCGGCGGAUGCUGGUCUUAGACUCCGCGGGCGUGCAGUCCACCGUGUCAUACCGUGCACAGGCCGUGGACGCCAUCCUGGACGCUCAGACGACGGAGUCGCUCAUGUUCGAGAUGAUCUCCCGCAUCGCGCACCACAUGAUCUUUGUAGUCAACGACCUCACGUGGUUCGAGCAGAAGUACGUGGCCAUGUUGCACCAGAAGUACGUGCAGUGCAAGCAGCACAAGGAGCUCAUCGUGGUCCACAACUUGCGCAACACCAUGGAGGUGGAGGAGGCGACCAAGCUCUUCAAGCGCCAGGUCAUGCAGCGCUAUGACGGCGAGCCGUCUCAUUUGGGCCAGCUCAUCUUCACCGCCGACGCCGGGGAGGGAGCGCCUCCAGUGCACCACAUCGGAUUCUGCUACGAGUUCUCCGCAGCCGGCGACGCCUUCAACUCAACGAACAGGGAGUAUCUCCUGCAAAGCUUGGAGCACGGGAACAUCCUGGGGUCCAAGGUUAUCCUCACAGGCAUCCUCUGCAACGAGCUCAGCAGGCUGCUGCCUCGGUUCGUCAACAUCGAAGCGGCCGAUUCGGCGGCACCGGAGACAUCUCCCAGCACAGAGCAGGCGGUCUCCGUGGACUUCGCAGCUGCAAGCCAGCUGGAGAGAGUCCAUGGCUACCGGCGCCUGGGCACCAUCUGCCUCAGGCUCUCCCAAAAAGGAGCGCGCGUGGCCAUGAAGACCCGCGGGGUGAUCUCCCCGUUGGGGGAGAUCAUCGCCCACGACGUCAGCUUUGACCCCAUCGUGAAUGUCUUCGACCGAACCCGUGCGGACAUCGAGUGGGAGGAGCUCGCAAACGGCGUGAGGAUUGGCAUCGACAAGAAGCGGCCCAUCGACGAGCACGCCGUGCAGCCCGUGCAGCCCAUCCGCCAGCACCACGGCAUCUGGGAGCGAGACUUCCUUUUCGAGGCCGCGGAUGGGCGCUUCGAGCUGUGUGAGGACGAGGCGUCCUUGGAGAACGGCGUGCUGACCAUGGUUCUGCGGAAGGCCAUGCGCCCGCGCAAAGGGCGGCUGGGCCCAGGCACCAAGAUCGUGGGCCAGUCGGAUCCAGGGUGCAAGAGCCUUGGGCCAUGCUCAGAGUCGGACUGUGCUUCCUUCUGCAAGGUGUCGGAUGCACAGGCAGCAAGUGGAGGCUGCUAA